GAUAGUAUCCCCAUGGGUGUCAUCUCAAAUCCUGGGAGUCCUUCAUGGCAGCAUGAACUCACUCACAGCACUUCCCAAAUCAACCCUCAGUGUGAUCAAUCACCGUCUGUUCGUCGUCCUUCUUCAGUGUCAGGUAACAUGACAAUGAGACUGACAGGGAUCACAAUGAACAGGAUGAACAUGUUUCCUAACACCGAUCCAGCGUUCAUAGAGGAUGCUGUCAGGAACGAAAUGGAGAAGGAGGAACAGGACCUGAUCAAGGAACUUGUCACUCUGUCCCGACGAGAUCGAAUCCGGACCAUUCGGGAGCUUCCAAUGUGCUUUGAAGAGAAAAAACAUAUCAGGAGCCAAGUACUGGCAUUCAAGACCUCCAAGCAAUCUCACAAUUGCACAUGUUUUGCAGAUUACUUUGAGAAUGUGACACUGUGUUUCCGCAGGUGUGGUUACAGUAUAAGAUCAGCCAGACAGACCCUGGAACUGUGGCAUGGCAUCAUGAAGGAGAUAAGCGGAAAGUUUGGCACCAGCGUCCUCUCCUAUUUUGUGUUCCUCAAGUGGCUGCUUAUGUUUAACAUUUUCUCCUUCCUGGUUAACUUUGGAUUUAUCACUAUCCCACUGCUUGUUUAUGACCCUUCACCCAACAUACCUCCAAAUGUGAGCUUCAGAGGGCUGGAGAUACUGACUGGAGCUGGUUACAUCAGCUAUACUGUCAUGUAUUAUGGUGGGUACAGCAAUGAAACCUUUGUGGGCUUGGCGAAGUAUGACAUGCAGUUGGCCUAUUUCUUUACCAUUGCAAUUUACAUGGUUCUGUGUGGAAUUGCACUCAUCUUCAGCAUGGCGAGAUCAUUUAUGAAAAACUUUGUGCUAGUAAACCCUGCUUCAGACAAAGCAUGGCAGCUUCUGUGCAGCUGGGAUUUCAGUAUAACCAAUGAGAGAGCAGUGAGACAGCGCAAGAACAACCUCCGUGUCCAACUGAAGGAGUCUCUAUCAGAACAGGCCCAGAGGGAGCUGCUAACCCUCUCUGAAAAACUGAAGCAAUUUGGGGUUUAUCUGGGUUCCUGGCUGCUCUCCACCAGCUUGGCUGUUGGCUGUGGAGCAAGCAUCUAUUACCUCUGCCAAUAUGAACAGGAGCAGGCAACAGAUGCUGCCAACUGGACUCUGCUUCAGGAGGCACAGACUCUUCUGGUUCCAUUUGUGGUGUCUUUGAUGAAUCUGGUUGUCCCGCUCUUCUACUCCCUCUUCAACAAGUUUGAGCACUACUCCAGCCAGCGAAGACAGAUAUAUGCUCUGGUUGUCAGAAAUAUCUUCCUCAAAUUGUUCAUUCUAGGUGUUCUGUGUUAUUACUGGAUGAAUGUGGUGGCUUACAGGUUUACGUGUUGGGAGUCCAUGGUAGGACAAGCUUUGUACCGUCUGGUCAUUGUUGACUUCCUUUUUCUGAUGCUGGGAUCCUUCUUUGGAGAAUUUCUCAGCAAAUUACUACCACAUGUUGGGAUUCCAGAGUUUGAUGUAGCCAGAAAUGUCCUCGAGCUCAUCUAUGCACAAACUCUAGCUUGGAUUGGAAUCUACUUCUCUCCUCUGCUACCUGCCAUCCAGAUUCUGAAAUUUUUUAUCUUGUUUUAUCUAAAGAAGGUCAGCCUGACCCACAACUGCCAGCCUCCAAGGCGAAUAGGCAGGGCGGCUCAGAUGCAAACCAUCUUCAUUGCUGUCCUCUUCUUCCCUUUCUUCGUGGGAGCCCUGUCCAUGGUUGCAUAUGUUUCCUGGAGACUGACUCCCUCAGAGCAGUGCGGUCCUUUUCGAGGACUUAACAGUACCUUCAGUGUGGUUGGAGUCUGGAUGCACAACCUGCAUGAGAUCCCUGGUUCUCAAUGGGUCAUCUGGAUCUACGAACACAUCAUCGAGAGUGAACUCUUUUAUUUUCUUAUUGCACUCAUCGUCCAGGCCAUCACAUACACCUUCUGGCAAAUCAGUCAGGGCCGCAAGGCGCUUAUUGCUCUACUGAGACAACAGAUUGUUAAUGUGGGGAAAGACAAGUCUUUCUUGAUAGACAAGCUCCAGACUCUCCAGAACUCUGAUCCUAAUAAAAAAUCCAAAGAGAAGGAUCAAAAAAUGCACACCAAGCAGUGCUCAGAUGAACAGUCCUCGGGCAGUCAGUCCAACUCAAACGCCAUGGUUCAGGCUUUACUUGCUCGCCAGCAGUUUGAAGAGGAAGAUGAAAGACGGAGUGCCGAUGGAGUGCCUGUUCCCGCCGACAUCUCCACCCCCAGCGCCCUGAUGCAGGCUAUGUUGGCCCGUCAAAGAGCUGAAGCCUGGGAUGAACAUUUGUACCAGAUGCCUGAUAAUUACCCAUCAUCCUCCAGUACCCUCGUACAGGCCAUGCAAGCUAGACAGAGGGCUGAGAGUCAAGAGAGAGCUGAAUACAUCCGUACAGCACCCUUUUCUGAGAACCCUGUCAACAGAUUCAGUGCCGUCUCACAGACGGACAGGUCAGGUGACCUGUCAUCUUCAGUGUCAAGUGUCAAGAUGCAAGUCAGAGAGAAGUCUGCAGAGGAGGAGGACAGGUUUCAGUGGGUCCCUUCUCCCUCACAAAACCCAGCUCCUCCAGGCUCCAGUGCUCUCAUUCAGGCCAUGUUGGCACGGCAGCAAGCUCAGAAUGAGUUUGAUGACGGUUACUGAUCAAAGGUCGAAGAGGUGGUGUUUCCAUUUGGAGUGGAACAGAACUGAACAAUGUAAUGUUUUUAAGAUGACUGAAAUCAGGUUUAUGUAAUGGUUUUGCAUCAAGGCAUUCAAGAGAGCA